UUGCCGGCAGCACUUGGCAAACACUGCGGGACGGAAGCGACACGCGGGACCGCAGACAUGAAGCUGUGUCGCACUUUUCUCGAAAAUGAGUUCCGGGGCGAGCUGGUGAACCAGCGGUGGACACGAGGCGAGAGGACCAGCAGCCGCUGCCAGGCCUCCCAGAGACUGCAGAGCCGUCAACCAAUCAUGAUGAGUGUGGAGGGUGACACCAAGCGGACUCGCACUCGGUCCAAGGGAAUCAGAGUUCCCAUUGAGCUCGUAGGACAAGAGCUGAGCUGCCCCACCCCUGGAUGCAAUGGCUCUGGCCAUAUCAGUGGGAGAUACUCACGACACAGAAGCAUUCUGGGCUGCCCGAUAGCAAGAAAGCGCCGUCUGGAGGAAGCAGAGGCUGAGCAGGAGCAGGACGCAGAGCGGCCCGCCUCCAAGAGGAAGUGCCACCCCCUGAAAAUGACCCUGGACGAUGGCUUCAGUGCAGAGAGCGACGCCAGCAGCGAGGCCGAUGGAGAGAAUGAUGGAGAGACCGCAGGAGAGGACAAGAAGGUGGAGGAGGACAAGGAAGAGAGGGGGGCAGCUGUAGAGGAGACAGACAAGAUGACAGAAGACCUGAUGCAGGACGCACCAACAAAUAAACAGGAGCAGGAGUCACAGAUGGAGGAGGAAGAUCAGAAAGAGGAGAAUACAUUGGCUGCAGAUGAAGGUGAGUUCAUAUCAACCACAGUCCUCUUUCCCGGUGAGGAACAUCUAAACCCAGCAGCUGUUAAACCAAUCCUCUAG